CUCACAUUUCAAACAUAAAUUAGCUAAAAAUGCCCACUAUUCCUACUUGCGUACGUGAAAUUAUUGGUUCUCUGAUUCUAGGGGCAGUACAGUCGGAGAUAUUCACUCGACAAAUACCAGCGCCGCUGGCCACAAUAUGCUUGACCGGCUCCUUAUCCUUAAUUUAUUACCAUUACAGGAGAAAUAGGAACAACGCCAUGCGGAAUAGUUCUUCUCCGUCGAACAGCCGAAGAACAAUUCGAAGGAGUCGAUCCAGAGGUCGCCGCAUCAGAGCUGCGCAACUAAGACGAAGCUGCGAAAAUAUCAGGCCGAGGAUGAAUUUCGAAAGACUGCUUCCUGUAAAUUUUAGAAGACACUCCGUAUAGGCCAUUCAGGCCAUUUUUUUCAAAUAUGUUAAUAUGGUUAAUUUGCUUUAAAUUCAAUAACUUAGGUAUAUGUAUUUUAUCAUAUUAUCACAUAAUUACAAAUUAGAUAUUUCUUAAUGCUACUAGCUG